AUGCGGGUGAGGCAACAGAGCCCCAUUGCACCCAAUUUUUUUCUGGCUGCAAAAGGUCCUGACGGGUCAGCAUCAGUAGCCAAAAGGCAAGCAUGCUAUGACGAUGCAUUAGGAGCGAGGGGAAUGCACUCGCUUCAAGAGUAUGGCAAAAAAGAAACUGAAUCUGAUAACAAUGCUUAUACUAUAUCAUCCAUAUAUCAUGAUGGUACCCUAAAGAUGUUCACCAGUCAUCUUUCGAAACCACCUAACUCAGAUCGCCCAGAGUACUACAUGACUCAAAUUAACACGUGGGGAAUGACUGGUAGCAUUGAGACGUUUCGAGAAGGUGCAAUCUGGUAUCGGAAUGGUAGAGAUUGA